CUUUAUAAAUAUCAUCAGCUGAACUUACUCAAAACUGAAAAAUAGAAAUACCCUCAAAAAGAAAAAAAAAAACAAAAAAAGAGCUGUCCAAUCAAGCUCCGAGAGAGCUCAAUUGGAGGAGGAGAAAAAAAAGAGAAACAAAAAUGGAUGUGAAUCUUGUAAUCCCCAUCGCCAUUUUGGUCCUCCUAAGCUCAAGCGGCAGCAGCGGCGCCGCGGCCCCGGCGAGGAACGACCGAGCCCUGCAGAAGCAAUUCCUGGCCCCUCACAAUGCCGCCAGAUAUGCGCUCCGAUUAGCUCCGCUGGUGUGGGACGCGAAAUUGGCCCGCUACGCACAGUCGUACGCCAACAAGCGGCGGGGGGAUUGCGCUCUCCGGCACUCCGGCGGGCCUUACGGCGAAAAUAUCUUCUGGGGCAGCGGCAACGCAUGGACUCCGGCGCAGGCCGUCGCCGAUUGGGUGUCGGAGCGGCAAUGGUACAGCUACUGGGCCAAUUCUUGCGUGGAGGGGGAACUGUGUGGGCAUUACACGCAGAUUGUGUGGCGGUCCACGCGCCGGAUUGGGUGCGCCAGAGUCACCUGUAACGCCGGCGGGGGCGUCUUCAUCACUUGCAAUUACGACCCUCCGGGUAAUUACAUUGGGGAGAGACCUUAUUAAACAAAAUUAAUCAUAAGAAAUAAUUGCUUCUGGGUUUUAAUUUUUACCAUUUUGUCGUGUUGAGAAUUCGGAGUCGGAGUCUGUAUAUUUGGAGUGAAAAAUAUUUGUUUGUAAAAUUCACCAUUAUUCGUUGUGUUCAAGUCUUUGUCAAAUUCACAUGUAAUGUAAUUGAUUUUGUGUGGUGCAUCCCCUCAUAUACUUUUUUUUCCCGUCCUUUUCAAGGAGUGGUGUAUACUUCCGUCCAAAUAAAAUUUAUAUUAAAUA